GGAAAAUGUUCGUGUAUUGAGUAGAACUUUGAAAUAUAUUUUCAUAGUGUAAUAUUAAAUUUAUGUUAAUCAUUGUUAGAUAUGUUUUUUAUUUUCAACUCGUAUUUUUACAUCACGUUAUGGAUUAAAACCUUCUUAAAAGUCUUAUCUUGGUAUUCUUGGUCGUUAUUUUGCCGAGACAAUUCGAAUAAUUAUCAAAGUAAUUAUUAUAAUGUGUAACAAAUUUUUAUAUUUUGCAUACGGAAGCAAUAUGUUAACGAAAAGGAUACAUAUAAAUAAUCCAACCGCAGUAUAUAAGGGUAUCGGUCGUAUAAAGAAUUUCAGACUUGACUUUUUAACACAUUCCAAGAGAUGGGGUGGAUGCUCAGCAACAAUUGUUACAACGGACAAUUAUAAUGUAUGGGGAGUAAUUUGGGAAUUACACGAAUGUAAUAUGCCUACACUAGAUUGUCAAGAAGGUGUUGUGGAUAAAUUAUAUUUUCCUUUAAUGGUUGACGUAGAAACACCUGAUGGUAACAUUUUAAACUGUAGAGUAUACCAACAAUGUAAUAAUCCAGAUAAUCAUGUUAAAUUGCGACUACUACCGCAACACAGAAGACCUUCGCCAUUGUAUAUAGAAACAAUACUAAGUGGAGCUCGAGAAAAUCAAUUACCACAUGAUUAUAUUAAAUUCUUAGAAACAAUACCACAUAAUGACUAUGAUGGGGAAUAUGAUAUUGGCCUGCCACUGAAAGAAGUUUAGUCUCUGUGAUUUUCUUAUUCCACAAACUUUUUUGGAGUUCUGGUUGAUUCAUUCCUAAGUUCAAGGCUUCUUCAGGUGACAAUUUAUCCAACUCGCAUCUAGGUAUUUUGAGUUUUCCA